AUGAAGUUAAUCACGUUCCUCGCGCUGGCAGCUACUGCCCAAGCCCAUUACCGCUUCUCGAAGCUUGUCAUCAACGGCGAGCAAGAAGCCGCAGAGUGGACCUCCAUCCGAAAGACCAAGAACUACCAGAGCAACGGCGGUGUAACCAGCGUCGACAGCCCGGACAUGCGAUGCUACCAGGCAAGCCCGGGCACGGGCACCGCCACCAUAGCCGCCGGCGAAGUCUUAGGCUUCGCCGCCAACGCCGCCGUGACGCACUUCGGCCCCGUCCAGUUCUACAUGGCCAAGGUCCCCGACAGCGCCGACAUCAACACCUGGGAGCCCGCAGGCAACGUCUGGUUCAAGAUCGGUAGCAUCACCGCCGUUCCGCCGCUAGGGUCUAGCGAGGCCACCUGGCCCGCUUACAACAAGAAAGUCGUCAACGUGACGAUCCCCAAGAACGUCCCGAGCGGGAACUAUCUCGUGCGCGUCGAAUCCAUAGCCCUUCACCAGGCACAAUCCGUCGGUGGCGCUCAAAUGUACCUCUCGUGCGCACAAGUCAAGGUGACAGAUGGCGGCAGCGGAACUCCCAGCCCGCUCGUCGCUUUCCCCGGUGCUUACAAGGCUAGCGACCCCGGUCUGCUCUGGUCUUACUAUCCCGUUCCGACUACCUACACUGCUCCCGGCCCGGCCGUCUGGGAAGGUUGA